AUGACACAGACGGUGCCUCCAGCGCUGAGCCAGGGCUAUGGCUAUGGCAUUAUCCUCGGUGUUGGUUUUGCCUUUGCCAUCUUCAUGAUUACCCUCACACAUAUCCUCAAGCGAUACAACAAUGAAGUCGUGACUUCGGAAAUGUUCACCACGGCCGGCCGCACCAUGAAGUCGGGCCUCGUCGCUUCCGCCGUCGUCUCCUCGUGGACAUGGGCGGCUACCCUGCUCCAAAGCUCGGGCGUCUGCUAUCGCUACGGUGUGUCCGGCCCCUUCUGGUACGCCUCGGGCGCGACGGUGCAAAUCCUGCUCUUUGCCACGCUGGCCAUCACCCUGAAGCGGCGCGCCCCCAACGCCCACACCUUUCUCGAGGCCGUCAAGGCCCGCUACGGCACGGCCACGCACUUUAUCUUUAUCCUCUACGGCGUCAUGACAAACGUCCUCGUGUCGCUGAUGCUCAUUGCCGGCGGUGCGGCCACUAUCAACGCUCUCACGGGCGUAAACGCCGUCGCGGCCAUCUUCCUCAUGCCCAUCCCCGUCGUGGCUUACACCUUUAUCGGUGGCCUCAAGGCAACCUUUAUCACUGAUUAUAUCCACGGCCUGGCGGUACUCAUUAUCAUCAUCACGUUUUGCUUGACGGCGUAUGCCACGUCGGAUGUCUUGGGCAGCCCCUCGGUUGUGUACGACUUACUCGUCAAGGCCGCCGAAGCUCACCCCGUUGCCGGCAACGAAGGCGGAAGCUACCUCACCAUGCGUUCGUCUGGAGGCAUCACCUUUUUCAUCAUCAACAUUGUUGGCAACUUUGGCACCGUCUUCCUGGACAAUGGCUACUUUAACAAGGCCAUUGCUGCCCACCCAGCGCACGCGCUGCCUGGUUAUAUCAUCGGAGGUCUCGCCUGGCUGCCAAUUCCGCUUGUGACGGCCACGACCCUUGGUCUCUCGGCGCUGGCCCUGGAGUCGAGCCCCCGCUUCCCAACUUUCCCUGACCGCAUGAGCGAAGCAGACGUGUCUGCUGGUCUGGCACUUCCAUACGCUGCCGUUGCCUUGCUCGGCAAAGGCGGCGCUGCUGCCACGCUGGUCAUGAUCUUCCUUGCAGUGACUUCCUCAUUCAACUCUGAGCUGGUCGCGACGUCCUCCAUCUUCACCUACGACAUCUAUCGCACGUAUUUCCGUCCCAACGCCGGCGGCAAGAGCCUGAUUUGGAUUUCGCACAUGUGCAUGGUUGUCUAUGCCCUCAUCAUUUGCUGCAUCUCGGUCGGACUGUGGUUCAAUGGCAUCUCCAUGGGCUACUUGUAUCUGCUCAUGGGUGUCCUCAUCUCUGCCGCCGUCAUUCCCGCUACACUCACGUUGCUCUGGGACGGCCAAAAUAAAUGGGCGGCCAUGCUCUCGCCCAUUUUCGGCUCUGCAUGUGCCAUUACGGCCUGGCUGGUCACGUCCAAGAAGUCAUGCGGCGCACUCUCGAUUGAAUGCACCGGUUCCAAUACGCCAAUGCUGGCGGGCAAUGUCACGGCAUUGUUUGCCCCCUUGGUUUUUAUCUCACUUUCGACCAUUGUCUUUGGCUUUGACAAGUACAACUGGAAAUCCAUGGGCCUCAUUCGACAGGCCGAUGACCACGAGCUCAUUGUAGACUCUGGGCUGGAUGAGGAGGCACAAAGAGAGGCAGAACGCCGAGUCACGGUUAGUCAAGAGGAAGAAAACGAAAAGCUGUCUCGCGCAUUCAAGAUCGCCGUCACAGUCACCACCGUAUUGGCGGUUUCGCUACUGGUCCUCUGGCCAAUGCCAAUGUAUGGCUCGCGAUACAUUUUCUCAAAGAAUUUCUUCACAGGCUGGGUGUCUGUUGGCAUUGCCUGGAUAUUCCUGUCGUUGCUUGCCGUCGGCGUGUACCCUGUCUGGGAAAGCAGAGAGACACUGAUCAAGGUGACGACCAUGAUUCUGAGAGGAGGUCGUCUGCCAAAGAAGCGGGUUAUAGAUGGCGAGGCAGUAAAGGCUGAGGAGACCAGUGGAUCUGUGACGCCUGUUCGGGCGGAGCCCAUGGCGAAAAAGCAAUAA